CGGGUCGAGACAGCAUCCGGCGUACAAUGCGAGCUAUAAAGAAACGUUCAAGAAAGCUAACAGUUUCUUUUUAUACCAAUUUUGCUUCUUCUCCUUCUCUAGUCGAUCUACUUUCUUCUGCUUUGCCUUUAGUCAUUCUCAAUCAACCCCUUCAAAAACAUAGAAUACUCUAAACAUUCAGAAUGAAGACAAUGCUCAUUGUCGGCGUUGGGCCAGGCAUAGGGUCAAGUCUCCAGAUUGUAUUUGACUAGCUUCGGCGAACUAACAUACCUGAAGCAUGUCGCUCGCACGACGAUUCGGACGCGAGGGCUACCAGAUUGGCCUCAUCUCUCGGUCUCAGAAAAAGCUCGACGCUUAUGUGAAGGAGCUCAGUGGGCUCAAGAUCAAGAGCGUCGGUGUCCCUGCUGACGUUCUCGACCGUGAUGGCCUGAAAGCAGCAAUCGCAAGCGUUGUUACGCAGCUAGGCCCCAUCGAUGUCCUCGAGUACAGUCCAUUACUAGACAUGGGCAGUCUCGUGGACGUUCUCUUCAUGGACGUUGAGCAAGCGCAACCGCAGCUGGAUAUGCAGAUCCUCGGGGCCGUCACCUCUGUCCGGGCUGUUCUCGACGGAAUGAUCAAGAAGGGGGAUGGCGCCUUGCUGUUUACGCUCGGCGCAAGCGCGUACUCCUCGUGUCCUAGUCAUUCGAACGGGUCACUUGGUGUGGUCGCCAUGAAGCAGUAUGCUUUGAUGCUUAAUACGGCGUUAAAGCCAAAGGGCGUCUACGCCGGAUGUCUAGCGAUUGGACAGCCCCACGACUCGGACGAAAUCGCCGAUAUCUACUGGGACAAGGUGCAGAAGAAGGGGCCGUGCGAAACCCUCUACGGUGACCCGCGUGUUCAAGCUUGCUACGAAAUCUUGCUAGCCCAAGGUGUUGGACGAGUUUUUCCUCCUGGACUCGUAGGGAAGUUGCCUGUGCCGCGCGACGAAAAUGAAAAGAACAUCUUCCUUAUCGCACUCCAACAUAUCGCCAAAUGUGCUGUCAUAUUAGGAGAAGGACAGGCCAAAGUUGACGAGAUGGCGGAACUGGCGGAAUCGAUUGGGGGCGAUAGGAAUGCGCCGCAUUUCGGAGGAGUCGUUGAUAAGGCGUUUCCGCAGAUUUCUACCUUCGCGUAAAAGCGAAUCUUUCUCAUGGGACUUGCCGGUCGCUAGAGAAGAUAUGGUUUUCGAGAAGUGAUGAAGAGGCCGGAUAUCACGUGCCCUUCAACUGGUCAUCUCGGGAGCCGAAAAGCGAAUAGUUCCAUACUGCUCUAUGUGGUGGGGUGUUCAAAUGGGCGUCCCGCAGAAUAUACUUAACUAAAUU